AUGAGCUAUUGGGCCCAGUUAUACAUCUAUCAUGACUCUCGUCAACAUCCUUGUCACUGUCAGUAUUCCUUUCUAACCGCUCUCGGGUACUGCUUCUAUGUCGGCUACCAACAUCGCUCCAAGAUCAAUCAGGUCCGGAAGCAGGGCUUUCUCAUGCCAAAGGAAUGGAACUGGCUUACUGGUCACCUCCUGGUGCUCCUGAAAUAUGUUGAUCCUCUGCCUCCGGAUGCCAAUGUCAAUAUUGCGAUGCGGGAGCUGGCCAUGGAAUUCGCUCACACAGAGAUAUUCUUCAUGGACUUCUGGCUAAUCUCUACCAAGUAUAAUCUCCCCAGAAUUGAUAUGUAUUCUAAGUUCAUGUAUCCGAUUGCUGGUGGAUCAAACCUGGUAUCUAAGAACGAUAGCUAUAUGAUGGAUCUGGUACGGGCAGUCGUUGAUUCAGCCCAAGUCUUCUGUGAUAUACUGCGCGAGAAAGUGGGAUCGGGGCUGUCCUAUCUAGACGACCUGACUACUCGAUUGACGAUGGAUAUAAUUCUGAGAGUAACACUCGACAUGGACCUCGACUAUCAGCGCUCAGACAAUGAGAUUGAUCCGCGCAUUCUGGCACACCCUCUCCGGCCUUUUCUUCAGGAAUAUUACGGCAAUGUCAUGAAUAGGUGUGUCCGGGAUGAGCUAGAUCGGAGAUUCUCCGAACUGAAACAAGAUCAAAGCUCUCCACGCUCAACCUCGAAACGAGCAAAAUCUGUUAUUGCACUAGCCCUUGAGGCAUACCUGGCAGAUCGCCAGAUCCAACACGCUGCUUAUCAGAUUAGCCUAUUUAUCUCCGCCGGGUAUGAUACAACCUCCAACAUCAACAUGCAAGAAGAGCAUAAUCGUCUCUUCGGAGCAGAUCCUUCGGCAGCCGUGCUCCGCCUCAAGAAACAGCCUUCUCGUUCGGAUCAAUGUUCAUAUACGCUCGCCGUAAUCAAAGAGACCUUGCGACUGUUCCUUCCCGCAGCUACAAUGCGUCAAGGGCGUAGCGGGGUGUCACUGACGGAUAGACAUGGUAACGUUUACCCGACGGAGAAUGUGGGCACAACGAUCUUGCAUCCUGCCGUCCACUUGAAUUCAAGGGUCUGGCCUCGCGUGAACGAACUCCUCCCUGAGCGCUUCCUGGUUGACGCAGAACACGACCUGUAUCCUGAUCCUGCCGCCUAUCUCUAUAAUGAGAAUCGGAUUGUGUUGAUAUUGAACCUGCUUACGAUGUGGGAUGCGAUGCAAUUGCGGAACGAAAGGGUCUCGACAAAAUGCAUCAAAUGGGCAGGCUUUGGCGGAGAAGGUGUCAAGUCAGUAAAUGGGGAGAGGGCAUAUCAGACCGAGAAUGCACCCGACUAA